CAACAUCAACAACGUAUCUGUCCCAUCGAAGAAACUCCCUCCCCACCACGCUCGCUUGAUCAACGACGUGCCGGACUGCAAAAUGGGAAGCUCAAUCCUUCAAUGGAGCAAUCAUGCUUGGCAGUAUGCUCCAGGGGGGUUCACUCUGCUGGCCAUUGCCGUGAUACCGCUGCUUUUCCUCCUUCAAAGACUCGUCUUCCCAAAGUUUGACCCCCGGGAGCCUCCGGUACUGAGGCCCAAGAUUCCCGUCAUCGGCCACCUAAUCUCAAUGGCUAGAGAAAGAACUGGCCUUUAUCGCCGCCUGUACAGAGACAACUCCCUGCCCAUCUGUACGCUGCCGAUGCUGAACGGGAAGCUCUACGUCAUCAACUCCCCUAACCUGAUAUCGUCCGCUAUGCGAAGCAAGGACCUUUCAUUCGACCCAUUCGUGCUAGAAUUCAUAGUCAAUGGCCUUGGAAUACCCGGAGACCAGGCUCGCAAAUAUACUCAGCCGGAUACCUGGCAAGAGUUCUUCGAUAUCAUUCACGACGCAUUAAUAGGGGAAAAUCUCAACAAGAUGGUGGGCAGUGGGCUUGGGUGCUUCGCUUCUCAAUUGAACGACAUACCACCCAACACAGCCACCGAAAUUCCCGACGUUUCCAUUUGGAUACGGGAUAUGAUGUUUGGGUCACUCAUGAAGUCCCUCUAUGGCGAAAUGAACCCUAUGACUGUCGAAGGGAUGCACAAGCUGCAGGACUACGAAAAGAAGGUCGCUAUUCUCGCACUCAAUCUCGCACCCAAGAUUCUUGCUCCACGGGCUCUUGUAGCUCGGCAGCGGCUCAAGGAGAUUGUUAUGCCAUUUUAUGCUGCGCAACACGAUAAGGGAGAAGAUGUGUCGGCCCUCAUCCGAGAUCGAGCUUCUUUGCAGCGUCGGAUAAACAUCACUGAUGAAGCCAUUUCCAGGCUGGAGCUUAUAGUACCGUGGGCAGCCACCACCAACACGAUUCCGACAACGUUUUGGAUCUUUGUCCAUACAUUGUCCCGACCGGAGUGGGCGAAGCGCAUUCGCCAAGAGAUAGAAGCUAUCGCCGUCAUUACUGACAACGCUGCGGGUCGUACAGCAACGAUCAACGUACCUGCGCUGCGGAAGGAAUGCCCAGCUCUUUUGGCAUGCUUUCACGAGACGAACCGCCUAUGCAAUGAUAUCACUGGCAACCGACGUGUGGUGCGGGAUACGAUAUUACAGGACCCUGUGGAAGGAAAGGAGUAUCUCCUCACAAAGGGAACCAACGUCCAAUGGUCUUGUUCUGUUACGCAGCUGGACGAAAAGGUCUGGGGCCCGGGGUCUGAGCAGUUUGAUCCCAGCAGGUGGAUCAACAAUCCAUCCAAAAAGAUCGCUUAUCGCAAGAGCAUGAUCCCAUUUGGGGGCGGCAAAGUCCUGUGUCCUGGGAGACAUCUUGCAGAGGCGGAGAUCCUUGGCUUCCUCAGCGGACUGGUACUGGGGUUCGAAUUCGAAGGCGUGCAGGUACCAAAGAUGGAGGACCCGUUGCCUGGGCUCGGAAUGAAGAAACUGCUGUGGGAUGGUAUGGACCCAGGAGUCACUGUCAGGAGGAGACAAGGCUGGGAGGAUGUCAAACUACAGUUCGAAACCUAAGGUGCGUCUAUGAUUCGAUUCACUAUAUAGACUUAAAUCAACGAUGCUAUUGUGAGGA